GCGGCGGUGACGUGGCGGGGCGGAGCCAGGCGGAGGCGUCGGCGGCGGCCACGGACGGAGCAUCCCGGAGAGAGAUGACCUGACCCCCCUCCAGUGGAAUUGGGCUUUGCUGUGAACACUUCCUUCUGUUUGCGGUAUCCCACCCCUUCUGAGGAGGCGGCUGAUGAAAAGUGUGAUGUUUGCUUAUUUCCUCCCAGGCUACAGUAAACAAGUGUGAAGGAAUCAUUUGCCAUGGAAGUUGGGGAGCUGGAGAGCCCCACGCCCACCAACCACCUCAUUCCCGAGGCCAACGAGAAACAAAAGGAAGGUGUCAGGAUGGCAUCGGAAGAGACCACCACCACGAUGCAGUUGAAGAAGGAGAUCUCUCUGCUGAGUGGAAUCAGCCUGGUGGUGGGCAACAUGAUUGGCUCAGGGAUCUUUGUCUCCCCCAAGGGGGUGCUGGCCUAUACCACCUCCUAUGGGCUGUCCCUGAUCGUAUGGGCUAUUGGCGGGGUUUUCUCUGUUGUGGGUGCCCUUUGCUAUGCAGAGCUGGGCACCACCAUCACCAAAUCAGGGGCCAGCUAUGCUUAUAUUCUAGAGGCCUUUGGGGGCUUCAUUGCCUUCAUCCGUCUCUGGACUUCACUACUAAUCAUUGAGCCGACCAGUCAGGCCAUUAUCGCCAUCACCUUUGCCAACUACAUCAUCCAGCCCAUCUUCCCCACCUGCGAUCCCCCGUACCUGGCCUGCCGAUUCCUCGCUGCUACCUGCAUAUGUCUGCUGACAUUCGUGAACUGUGCCUAUGUCAAGUGGGGCACGAGGGUUCAAGACACGUUCACUUACGCCAAGGUCCUAGCGCUCAUUGCCAUCAUUAUCAUGGGCAUUGUCAAACUGUGCCAGGGAGAGACCGAGCACUUUCACAAUGCCUUUGAGGGCUCCUCCUGGAACUUAGGAAACGUCUCCCUCUCUCUCUACUCCGCCCUGUUCUCUUACUCAGGUUGGGACACCCUUAAUUUUGUAACAGAAGAAAUCAAAAACCCAGAAAGAAACCUGCCCCUGGCUAUUGGGAUCUCUAUGCCAAUUGUGACUUUCAUCUACAUCCUGACUAAUGUGGCUUAUUACGCGGUGCUGAACAUGUCAGAAGUCCUUGACAGCGAUGCAGUGGCUGUGACUUUUGCAGACAAGACAUUUGGCAUCUUCAGCUGGACCAUUCCCAUUGCUGUGGCUCUGUCCUGCUUUGGGGGCCUCAACGCGUCUAUCUUUGCUUCAUCAAGGUUGUUCUUUGUGGGCUCCCGUGAAGGCCACCUCCCAGACCUUCUGUCCAUGAUCAAUGUGGAGCGCUUCACACCUAUUCCUGCUUUACUAUUCAAUUGCGCUAUGACGCUCAUCUACCUCACUGUGGAAGACGUUUUCUUGCUCAUCAACUACUUCAGCUUCAGCUACUGGUUCUUUGUGGGCCUGUCUAUCUUUGGACAACUCUAUCUACGCUGGAAGGAGCCUGAGCGGCCUCGGCCUCUGAAGCUCAGCCUAUUUUUUCCCAUCGUGUUCUGCAUGUGUUCCGUGUUCCUGGUGAUUGUGCCUCUCUUCAGUGACACCAUCAAUUCUCUCAUUGGCAUCGCGAUUGCCCUUUCUGGGAUCCCUUGCUACUUCUUGGGUGUUUACCUGCCAGAGUCCCGGAGGCCACUCAUAAUUCGGAAUGUCUUGGCGACGGUCACCAGAGUCAUACAGAAGCUUUGUUUUUGUGUCCUGACAGACCUAGAUACAGGUGAAGAGGACAGAAAGGUUGAGAGGAAAACUGACUAGCUGGCAGAGGUGCUGUGAUGCCCCAGGAACUGGCAGGCUGGCUGCAGUGACCGCAGCCACCAGAAUUCAAUGACAAGAUCGUGUUGGCCUACCCUGUUAUACUGAAAGAGCCUGAUUGCCCAUGUUUAUGUAAGGGAGCUCAGGGCUGAGGACCUGCUUGGUGGUCAUUCUCCUUGGUAGGCUGCUAGAAGAUGGUGUGGGGCCAGCUGGAU